AUGCCCAUCAAGACACCUGUGACUGCCGAAGAGGUAUCAGCUGCUGCUCUAAGGCUGGGCUUCACCAUUCCACCGAAUCACGAAGAAGAGUAUCUGGCGUUGUUGGCUAAGACUGAUGCUCAGUGCGAACUCAUUUUGAACACUCCGGACUACAAGCCGAUUCCCGAUUUCGAAAACUUCCCUCGUUCCGAUGUGUACCUUCCUGAGAAGAAAGAUAACCCGCUUCGAGCAUGGGCAUGGAGAUGUCAUGCAGGUAGUACAGAAAAGGACUCAGGUAAACUCUUAAGUGGAAAGACUGUAGUGUUCAAAGAUACCGUGUGUAUGGCUGGAGUACCUCUGCUUUUCGGGACAGACGCUUUUGAGAAUUUUACCCCCGAUAUAGAUGCUACCGUAGUAUCACGGGUACUGGAUAAUGGUGGUCAUAUCCUAGGUAAAGCCGCUUGCGAGAACUUUUCUCACGGGGCUACUUCAUCCUCAUCACCCUUCGGACCCGUCGAGAACCCUUACGCCAAAGGCUUCACCACUGGAGGAUCAAGUUCCGGAUGUGGCGCUCUGGUCGGCAGCGGGCAGGUAGAUAUGGCGAUUGGCGGCGAUCAAGGAGGCUCAAUCAGGAUACCCGCUUCCUUUUGCGGUAUCGUUGGUCUGAAGCCCACCUUCGGUCUAGUACCAUAUACCGGUGUCCUCACUUCCGAUGCAGGCAUAGACCACGUCGGGCCUAUGACUCCGACAGUACUGGACUGUGCAAUACUGUUACAAGCUACUGCAGGUUACGACAAUAUCGAUGAUCGACAAUUGGGAGCGCCCAAGUACGGUGAUAUACCAAGAUAUAGGGACCUACUGCUUGCGGCUCGAAAGUCGUCCAUAGGCCCCAAAAAGAUUGGUGUUCUGACCGAAGCAUUGAAUGGAAAACUCGUAGCUGGAAGCGUAAAGAGAUUGGUCCUGCGAGCGGCCCAGCAAUUUAGAGCAUUGGGAAUGACUGUAGAUGAAGUAUCAAUACCGAUGUUCAAUUUAACCCCAGCCCUUUCUCAUAUCAUCAACAAGCUCGCUUCUGGCGGGACACGUCAAGGUCGACAAGUUGGUAGACGUGGACUCUACCUGAAUGAUUAUUGGGAACAUCUUCUACCGUGGGAUCAGUCCAAGUACGACAAAGCCAAAUAUUUCGUUACAGGUACCGCAAUGUCAUGCGAAUACGCAUGGCUCAAGUACCCGACGGCCUAUGGUCGUGCGAUGAACUUGACUAGACAGAUGAGAGACGAAUUUGACAAACUUUUCGAGCAGUACGAUGCGAUCAUCAUGCCUACUUGUCCUCAACCUCCUAGAAGACACAUCCCAGCUCAUGCAGGUCCGCUAGGAUGGGCUGAUCAUGCCCCCGGUACUGCCUCGAUCACUGCCGCUUUCAACCUCACAGGUCACCCUGCUCUGACGAUACCGGUCGGUUUUGCAUCUCCAAUGCCAGAAGAUAUCCUAUCAGAAGACGACCAGGGGAUCAAGCUGCCCAUCGGAAUGAUGAUCGUUGGCAAAAUGUUCAAUGAGAUGGGAAUUAUGGUAGUUGCUGAUGCUUUGGAAAGAUCGGUGGACUGGAAGUCCAUAGUUGAUGUUGAAUAA